GGGUGUACGCGGUGCUGCCUGAAGGACCCCGGGGCUGUCCAUGCCGCUGUGCUGCCGGCGGAUCAGGAGUCCGAGCUUCGGGAGCCCGAGCCCGUACCGCCGCCGCCGUCCGUGUCCCUGCCGGAGCGCCGCCGACCGCAGGCCGCCCCUGCCCGGCCGCCAGGAUGCUGGAGGAGGCGGGAGAGGUGCUGGAGAACAUGCUGAAGGCCUCGUGCCUGCCUCUCAGCUUCAUCGUCUUCCUGCCCGCCGUGCUGCUGCUCGUGGCGCCGCCGCUGCCCACCGCCGACGCGGCGCACGAGUUCACCGUCUACCGCAUGCAGCAGUACGACCUGCAGGGCCAGGCUUACGGCACCCGAAACGCAGUACUCAACACGGAGGCGAGGACGGUGGAGGCGGAUGUGCUGAGCCGCCGCUGCGUCAUGAUGCGGCUGGUGGAUUUCUCCUAUGAGCAGUACCAGAAGGCCCUCAGGCAGUCGGCCGGGGCCGUGGUCAUCAUCCUGCCUCGGGCCAUGGCUGCUGUGCCGCAGGACGUCAUCCGCCAAUUCAUGGAGAUCGAGCCUGAGAUGCUGGCCAUGGAGACCAUCGUCCCUGUCUACUUUGCAGUGGAGGAUGAAGCCUUGCUUUCCAUCUAUGAGCAGACACAGGCUGCCUCCGCCUCCCAGGGCUCAGCAUCUGCAGCUGAAGUUCUGCUGCACACAGCCACUGCCAACGGCUUCCAGAUGGUCACGAGUGGGGCCCAGAGCAAAGCUGUGAGCGACUGGCUCAUUACCAGUGUAGAGGGCCGGCUGACAGGACUAGGCGGAGAGGACCUUCCCACCAUUGUCAUUGUGGCCCACUACGACUCCUUUGGGGUGGCCCCUUGGCUUUCUCAUGGAGCAGACUCCAAUGGCAGCGGGAUUUCCGUGCUCCUCGAGCUGGCCAGGCUCUUCUCAAGGCUGUAUACCUACAAACGCACCCACGCGGGGUACAACCUGCUGUUUUUUGCCUCUGGUGGGGGCAAAUUUAACUAUCAGGGCACUAAGAGGUGGUUAGAAGACAACCUGGAUCACACAGACUCCAGCUGGCUGCAGGACAAUGUGGCCUUUGUCCUCUGCCUCGACACGCUGGGCCGAGGGAAUGGUCUGUACCUGCACGUGUCGAAGCCUCCCAAGGAGGGGACCCUGCAGUAUGCUUUCCUUCGAGAGCUUGAGAUGGUGGCUGCCAGUCAGUUCCCAGAGGUGAGCUUUUCUAUGGUGCACAAGAAAAUCAACCUGGCAGAGGACAUGCUGGCCUGGGAGCACGAGCGCUUUGCCAUCCGCCGCCUCCCGGCGUUCACGGUCUCCCACCUGGAGAGCCAUCGAGAUGGGCUGCGAAACAGCAUCAUGGAUGUCCGGUCACGGGUAGAUUCCAAAACACUCACCCGCAACACCAGAAUCAUUGCAGAGGCCCUGACCCGAGUUAUCUACAACCUGACUAAGAAGGGCACCCCUGCUGAUCUCCAGGUCUUCACAGAACAGAUGCAGAUCCAGCAGGAGCAGAUAGACUCUGUGAUGGACUGGCUCACUAACCAGCCCCGCGCCGCCCAGCUCGUGGACAAAGACAGUACCUUCCUCAACACCUUAGAAUAUUACCUGAGCCGCUACCUGAAGGAUGUCAGACAGCACCACGUGAAGGCAGACAAACGGGACCCUGAGUUUGUGUUCUAUGACCAGCUGAAGCAGGUGAUGAAUGCCUACAGGGUCAAGCCAGCCAUCUUUGAUCUACUCCUGGCCCUCUGCAUAGGAGCCUACUUGGGAGUGGCUUACUUUGCAGUCCAGCACUUUGGCCUCCUCUAUAAGACAGUACAGAGAAUAUCUUUGAAGAUGAAGCAGCAGUGAAGUGGCCCCCUCUACCCUCGCCAAGCAGCACUGAGCCAGCCACCCCGGAGGGAGCAUCCAGGAGCUUCCAUUCAGUCCAGCCACGUCUCUGCCCGUUUGUCCCCCGCCCACCCCCGUCCAGCUCGGUCCUACCUUCUGCUCUUCUCUCCACUCCAGGGCCAGGAAGGCGAGAGACCUAGAGAGUUGCCCAGGCCCGCCUUCCAGCCUCCUGCCUGCCUGCCUGCCCUGUCACUGGUGAGGCAGCUCAGCCCGAGGCCUUGCCAAAACACUGCAUUGUCGGUGUCCUAAAGCUUCCUUGGAGGGUAACAGAGGAGCUUGGGCCUGCCAGGGACACACGGGUGAGGCUUGUCCUGGGUGAGCUGAGCUCUCCCCUUUGGACCUGCCAUGCUCUAGACCUCAGAGCUCAUGUUAACAGUGCACACCUGAAUUAAAGAGAACCGGAAACUUGAGGACUCUUUCCCAGGCCGGGGGUCCUGGCUGGGCUUUCUCUCUGCCUUCACUUGGAAGGUCUGGGUGCCCAGGGAUGGGGUCAAGGCAGAGGCUUCUGCCAGAGGGCCACCAGGGAGAAGACUUUGAUUAAGACUUGGGGAGUGGGGUGAGAGCGUGGUCAAAACAUCCUAAGGCACCAGCCGUGUCCUGGCGGCCAUAGAGACCUAGCAGCACAGGGGCAUGUGAUGGGGAGACAGGGUUCGGGUUACUAGAAGGAAGGACUCCCCAGCACUGGGAGCCUGGCAGAGGUGGAAUGGGCUGCCUCGGGAGGGAGGGAGUCGGUGCCCCAGGAGGUCCAGUGACCACUCCAGCAUUCUGUGGGAAGCUCCCCUGCAGCGAGGCUUUGGGCCUUCUCUAGCUCCAAGGCCCCAGCUUUCCUGCUCCCCUGACAGCGCCUCUGUGGGAGGGGGCUCUGCCUCCAAGAGAGCACAGCCUAGGGCAGGCACUCACCGUGGAGGUGCGUCGUCUCUGCCCCUCUGCAGCCGUGGUGGCAGAGCUGGGCUCCAUCCUGGGGAGCCGGGCAGCAGCCGCAGCAGAGGAGGCUGGGAUUGUUGGGAUGCCCGGACGCUAGUUCCAGUCUGGCCGUCAUCUCCGUGUCUCCAAACCCCAGUCUCCUCUACAAUGAGGGCGUUGGACUAGAUGACCUCUAAGGUACCUUUCAGCUCUGACCUCCUGGGUUGGUCGCUCCCAUCUUUCUGCUCCUAGGAGGUUCCUUCCUCUGACAUGGGAAAGAGGAAUGUUCAGCCUGUCACAGAGAAGACAGCCCCAGAAAAUGGCAUCUCUGUUUUCAAAUAACUGAACCUCAGGCCAGAAGCAUUGGAUUUAUUUUGUGUCUCAGAAGGGAGGCCGCUAGGUGGACGUCACAGAGGGGCAGAUUGUGAUUCGCUGUCGGGAGAACAUAGCGACUUCCCAGGAAGGUGGCAAGCUGCCUGUUGUGGGAAGCCUCUUGAGCAGAAGCUGGUGCCGCCCCUUAGGAGGCUCUGCAAAGAGUUCAUGCAUGGGGUUGGGAGGGGUGGGUGAUUGCCUUCCACUUCCAAGUUCUCCAACUCCAUUCUCUCCCACCAGUUUGGCUCCUGCUUUGUGGUGCCUACACUCCAUGCAUCCAGAUUGGGCCCUUGUGUACAGGUUGACCUCUGGGGUCUGUUUGUUUGGGCAAAGGAUAUUCCAGAAAAGUUUGGGGGGCCUAGCUAGUCAGUUGAAGGCGUCAGACCUGCCCAUCAGACUGGUUCUGCUGGUCCCUACUGCAUAUGCACUUGCUACCUGCCUGCUUCUGCAUACAAGCACAGUAGCAGAGAUGGGUGGUCUCUGCCUUGAAAGAACGUGGGUUUAGUUGGGAGUCUCAGCACACAAUGGAUUAUCAUGGGAGGUCAGAGGAAGGUCAAGGUUGACUGCAGUCAUCUGGGCCUGGAGCCAGGCCUUGAAAAACAGACCAAGGAUGCUCGAGGGUGGGGUGGAGACCAGUCCUCACUGUUGCCCACCUCCAUGCUCAGGGCAGAAGCAAAUUUAGAUGACCCCAGGGGGUCUAGCACAAAGUCGGGCAUCAUCCGGUGCCAUCAGAUGCUGCCUCCAUUUUUCUACUUCCAAGGCUAAGGACAGGAGUGUGGGUGGUGGAUGUUUCCAUCUGGCUUUCCUGCUCUCCACCCCAGCUCUGGCCAAGCAGCCCUUCAGCUGCUGCGCUCGGGCUGGGGUCACUGCACAGCUGCUGUGGACAACAGUUCCCAUAUUCCUGAACUCAUGCCACCCACCACACUGCAUCCGGAAGGUGCCUCUUCACUGUUCCACUGCUCAUGGGUGGGACUGUUAUGUUCUCCUCAGGCCCUUGGUCCUUGGCAGCCUUUCCUACCCUAGCCCCCUGCCUGGCCUUGUCAGAACCUCUGGACAGGUCCUCAGGCUGCCCUCGGGUAACUGGCAUUACAGCUCAGCCUAGUGGGGGGAGCCUGGGUAGAGUUGGGAAGUCCAGAUGGUGAAGGCCCUUCUGUGCACUGGACCUCAACUUCUUUCCAAAUGAAUGCACGAUCUCUCGGGCCCCUUCUGACUGUGGUGUGCAGUGUUUUCAUCUCCGACAUGGGAUUUCUGGUAGAGAAUUUGAGGGGAGCAAUUUAAUGGGAGGGGUACUACAUUUCCUGUCAUACUCUUGGAUCCCUCCUUUAAAAUACCCUUUAUGCAGGUUCCUCUGGGAGCAAAAUGGGCCCUCUCUUCCAGAAGUCUUUGGGUGAUCCACUUACCCAUUCUGUCUUCCUGAGCCUCUGCACACAGAGGCUGAACCCAGCUCCCAAGGCAUGGUUUGGGGGUCUCCCCCACCUUUCUCUUUUUGUUUGUUUUAAAUGAGCUCUGAUGUGUUUGGGCUAAGGAGUCUUCUGCCUACGGGUGAUCAGUAAGGUCAAUAGAUUGAUCAAUUCAGGGUCCCUGCAAACUGUGGGAAGAAAUAACUUGGAAAAAUAAAGCCAUAUUGAAAGAUC